AAUUUCCAUUCUGAUCGGAUGUCGGCUGUCGCAUGAUAAGGGCAAUUCGAUAAUAAUUAAAAGUGGCUGCCGGCUGAGCACAGUCCAAACCGAGGUCCAAACUUAAUGAUAAUACAAGUAGGUAAUACGUUUUAAACGGUACCCAAGUUAAUUAUUUAUUUAGUUAAAUAUUAUAUUAUAUGAAUCAGUAGGCACUAUAUUAAGUGUAUAACUAAAAUUAAAUUUAUCGGAAAGCGGAAACGCUUUUAACGUUUUCGAUUAUAUUCACUUAAUGACUCAUACAUCGUGAAUUUGUAAAUUGUAUUAUUAAUCAGUAUUUACCUUAUUUUACAACAACAUAUCACUAGUACCUACCUAGUAUCACUUAAGAAUCAGUAGAAUCACGUUUAACGCUUUAGUCAGUUUACCGUUUAAAUAAUACAAAAUAAUUUAGUCUCAUUUUUAUUGAGUUCAAAUUAAAUAAAAAAUAUCUGGUACAGUGCUUCGUAGUUAUUUCUUGUGACAUUAAUUAUGACCAUGUUUUAUUUGGAGGAUUUUCUGGAAAAACUUGAACUUUUACCGCAAGAGAUCAAAAAACGGACAUCAGAAAUAGGAAAAUUGGACUCGCAAGUAGAAAAGUCAAUGAAAUGUAUAAAAAAAAACGUAGAUACUUUAUUUUCAAAAGCUGACACUAUGAAUCCAGAUGAUUUGAAAGAUGAUUUUAAGUCACUAAUGAAAGAAGGUGACAAAGCUCUUAAGAAAUCUGAUACAAAACUUCAAUUAGCCAACGACAUGCAAAAACUCUUGUCAAAAUACAUAAAUCGAUUGGAUCUUGAGUUACAAGGAUUUAAAACUGAAUUGGAAGCUGACAAAAGUGGAAUCACCGAAAUUAUUGAAAAAAGAAUUUUAGAUUCAGAUCAAAGCAAUACAUCCAGUCAUAAAGAAAAUGAUUACGAAUCAAACAGAUAUCUCUUUGGAGAAACAGAAGAAGUCUUAAAUAAUGUUAGCAGUAUCAAUCAAAAAUCUAUUGAGGUAGCUUCAGAUGCAUCUAGCAGUGAAGAAUUAGUAUCAUAUUUGCAACCUGAUACAAAUCCUGUUAAUUCUCAAAUGGCUCCAUUUCCGUUAUCCUUCACUAUGGGGGCUAGUUGCUCAGCAAUUUCAGCAGUUGUGUGUAAAGCUAUUGUUUCUUCUCAAAAGCUAUCUCGUGAACGGAGGUCUGCUAGUUUAAACGCAUCUUUUGAUGCAAUUAAUUAUGACCAAAUUAUAGACAAAUCGGAGUUUUUAUCAAAAGCAUUUUCCAAUAGUAAAGAAAUUUCAGAAUUUAUUUCUAGCAGUAACCAAACAAAGAAACAUAAAAAACUUAGAAAAGGAAUUGUUCGUAAAGAAAAUAUUAACUGAUGAAGACGAAUCAAAUGAUCUAAUGAGCCU